AUGGAUACCUCCAGCUCUUCUCUUCAGCUCCAAGACAGCGGUGCUUUCCUGUUUGACUGUGAGAAGCUUCUGGAUCAGAGCUACGCUGUAUCAGAUGCGGGCUACUACAGCGCCUGCAGCAGCCUGUCUCCAGCCUCUUCCAUAGAUUCCUGCGGCUUCUCCCCUUCAGCUUACCCUUGUGGAGUGGGACAGGACAUACCCCAGAUCUUCCCACACUACAGCAUCACCACCCAGGAGAAGAACAAGGUCCAGCCACCCAAGAGAACUGGGCGGCCAAGGUCAAAAUUCCCUGGAGUGAAACGGCAAACCGCAAGUGAGCGGGAGAAGCUGAGGAUGAGGGAUCUGACCAAAGCUCUUCAUCACCUCAGGACGUACCUGCCUCCGUCGGUGGCUCCUGUCGGAAAAACCUUGACCAAGAUCGAGACGCUGCGGCUCACUAUCCAGUACAUCUCUUGCCUGUCUGCUCAGCUCGAACUUAGUGAAGACGAGGUUAAUUGUGGAGCUCAGGCCGAGGUCAAUGCUGCAUCAACCAUCUUUGACAGCUUCACUGCGACCCCUUCAGUUACUCAAAGUUUACCAGCUCAGCAGUUCCCAUCUAUGACCUGUUAUCAGACUCAGAAUCCAGUCGAAGGCGAACUUCUAUCCUUCCCAGCUCAGGACUGUUGGUUUCUUGAGCAACACAAUUUCUUCCACGGAGAGUGCUGA